UUCUUCUUUCUUCCUUCCCCCUCAAAUUUUGAUUUUUACCAUUUUGGGUUUCUCGAACACUCAUUGAGCUACUAUGAGUCACUGGUGAAUCAGAUAGCUUGCUCGAAGCCGUUUCAAGCAUUUGUCAAUCGCAUUGUAUUGUCAUGUGUUCUUCUCUGAUUCCUCAUGGAAAAAGGUUGGUCCAGUUUCAGAAAGGGCAUAACUUUAGUGUCUCAGUGAAGCUUUUCCAAAAUGUAUUCUCUGCUUUUUCCAAUUCCUUCUCAUCUGUUGCUAGUUCUCAUGAUGUGAGCAUUAGAGAUGGUCGAAAAGGUAACAACUUUACAGUCUCUUACCUCAUUGAUUCACUUGGUUUAACUAAAAAGCUCGCAGAGUCGAUUUCAAUAAAAGUCCGUUUCGAGAACAAGGCCAAUCCUGAUUCUGUUCUGAGUCUUUUGAGAAGUCAUGGGUUUACAGAUUCUCAGAUCUCCAACAUCAUUACGGAUUAUCCACUAUUGCUCAUAGCAGAUGCUGAGAAUUCCCUUGGUCCCAAGCUUAAGUUGCUGCAGUCAAGAGGAGCUUCAAGCUCUGAGCUCACUGAGAUUGUUUCUAAAGUUCCUAAAAUCUUAGCAAUGAAAGGGGACAAAAGUAUCAGCAGAUACUAUGAUAUCGUCAAAGAGAUUGUAGAAGCGGAUAAGAGUUCCAAGUUCGAAAAGUUGUGUCAUUCUUUGCCAGAGGGUAGUAAGCAGGAGAAUAAAAUCAGAAAUGUAUUGGUUUUGAGAGAAUUGGGCGUGCCUCAAAGGUUGUUAUUCUCCUUGCUCAUCUCUAAUCACCAUGUCUGCUGUGGAAAAGAAAAAUUUGAAGAAUCACUCGAGAAGGUUGUUGGGAUGGGUUUUGAUCCCACCACCCCAAAGUUUGUGGAAGCCUUAUGCAUUGUUUACGGAUUGAGCGACAAAAGGCUAGAAGAAAACUUCAAUGUCUAUAAAAGGUUCGGCUUAACUGUAAACGAUAUAUGGGAACUUUUCAAGAAGUGCCCUGCCUUUCUUGGAUACUCAGAGAAUAGGAUAAUUCAGACAUUUGAAGCCUUAAAGAGGUGUGGUCUGUGCGAAGAUGAGGUCAUGUCAGUGUUCAAGAAGAAUCCACUAUGCUUACGUGCUUCAGAGCAGCAGAUAUUGAAUUCCAUGGAAACAUUUAUUGGCUUAGGAUUUAGCAGAGAUGAGUUUGUGAUGAUGGUCAAGCGCUUUCCUCAGUGCAUUGGAUAUUCUGCAGAGAUGGUGAAGAAGAAGACUGAGUUUGUGGUGAAGAAGAUGAAUUGGCCACUAAAGGUCAUAACUUUGUUCCCUCAGGUACUUGGAUACAGCAUGGAGAAGAGGAUUGUCCCAAGGUGUAACGUAAUCAAAGCUCUUAUGUCCAAAGGAUCGCUUGGAAGCGAACUCCCUCCAAUGCCGUCUGUCUUGGCAUGUACCGAUCAGACCUUCUUAAACAGGUAUGUGGUGGAGCAUGAUGAAAAGCUGGUGCUUGAGUUGAUGGCUAUCUUCAACCAAGAUCGUAUCUCAUAGCAAAGAGAGGUUGUGUCAAGUAUUUUGCUUUUAUUAAUUAAUUUUUGACUUUUGUAAUCUCAAUUUGAUCUGGAUCCCAACUAUAUACAAUCCAACUUUUAAGGUAACUGUAACUUUCCUGUGGUUGAUAUGAUAAAGCAAAAGAGCUUUGGAAGACA